GAGAAGCUGCGGUUUGGCAAUAAUGCAGGCAGGGAGAGUGCUGAGGGAAGGGAGGUGGAUUGUGAUGGGGAAGAGGGGGGCUGGAGGGGGCUCAAUAUGUGUGAUGGGUGCCCCACACACCCCAGUCUCUCUGAGUGCCCUGGUUCUGCUCGCACAACCCAGAAACUAUGUCUCUUUGCCUGGGGCUCCUCCCUCACAUUGCCAGACACACUUGUAUUUCACUGUUCUUUUCAAACGUGCUAUAGAAAGCCCAGACAGACCUCAGCCAAGUGCUGCAGGGCUGCGGGUGGUGGUGCUGUGGAGGAGUUAGGAGUUGGGGAAGGUCUUGUCCAAGGGCCGGACCACAAUAGGGGUUGGCAGUCCAUCCCCAGCACCAUGGACCCGGCGUGCGGUGCCAUUGUGCAUGUGGACUUCCCUGAGAUCACCAGUGCCCUGCUGGAGAACCUGAACCAGCAGCGGGUGGAGGGCAAGCUGUGCGACAUCUCCAUCCACGUGCAGGGCCGGGUGUUCCGGGCCCACCGGGCCGUGCUCGCCGCCUCCUCGCCCUACUUCCAUGACCAGGUGCUCCUGAAGAACAUGACAUCCAUUGUGCUGCCCAACGUCAUGGACCCGGGCGCCUUUGAGACAGUGCUGGGCUCUGCGUACACCGGCAAGCUGAGCAUGGCCUCGGAUGAGAUUGUCAACUUCCUCACUGUGGGCAGCGUGCUUCAGAUGUGGCACAUUGUGGACAAGUGCACGGAGCUGCUCAAGGAGGGGCGGGGCACCACUGGCCCCUCACCUUCCUCCUCCUUCCGUGCCCACUCCAGCCGCACCAGCGAGAACCAGUCCCCGAGCAGCAGUAACUACUUCAGCCCCCGGGAGACGGGCGAGGGGCCGGAGCAUGGGCCUGCCAAGUACGCGCUGCGAGGGGUGGCUGGCGGCAUAGAGCGGGACGGAUCGGAGGGGCUGGACGAGGAGGUGAUCUUCCAGGCCGAGAAGGGUCCCACCCGCUGCCCCGAGCCCUUCUCCGGCGGCAGCAAGUUCAUCCUGGAGGCAGACGACGACGUGAGUGACAGCGGCGGGGAUGGGGGGAGCGGGGGGCGGCGCCCAGCCUAUGUGCAGCCCAGCAUCAUGCCCCAGAAGCAGUGGGUAUACAUCAAGAAGGAGCGGUCCCAGGAGGACUUGGUGCUGACGUGUGAGGAGGACGAGGACCCAGUGGAGGUGGGGCCGGCCCCUGGUGAGCCCCCCCUCAGCAUCAGUGACGUGCGUACGCUGACUGAGCCCUCCGGGGCCAAGCUGGAGGAGCAGGUCAACUUCUGCGAGUCCUCGGAGGACUUCCCCUCGCCCUAUGAGGGGCUGGAGGAGGGGCCGGGCGGUGGCGGCAGCUUUGCCCAGCGUUCCCUAAUGCCCAUGGACAUGCAGGGCAACCAGAUCUUGGUCUUCCCCCCCCAGACCCCUGUGGAGCACGGGGCCGUGCAGCUGGCGGCCGGCUCGGGCGAUGGCAACAAGAUCUUCAUGUGCCACUGUGGCAAGGCCUUCUCCCACAAGAGCAUGCGCGACCGGCACGUCAACAUGCAUCUCAACCUGCGCCCCUUCGACUGCCCCGUCUGCAACAAGAAGUUCAAGAUGAAGCACCACCUGACGGAGCACAUGAAGACGCACACCGGCCUCAAGCCCUACGAGUGCGACGUCUGUGCCAAGAAGUUCAUGUGGCGAGACAGCUUCAUGCGCCACAAGGGGCACUGUGAGCGGCGCCACCGCCUGUCCGGGGCGGGUGGGGGACCCAAGAAGGAGCCUGUGGCGGCAGGCGGGGGAGGGGAGGGCGACUGGGCAGUGCUGCGGGAGCCCCAGGCUGCCGGGAGGUCUCCGCGCAGCGAACUGGUCUUCAGCGGGGGGAGCGGGGCAAAGAUGUGAAGUGGCGGAGCAGGUGGCGGACGGCCUCCCCCGCCCUGCACAUGGACACCCCCUCCUCCCCGACAGACCCAGGGGCACAGACAUGCCCCCCCACACCCAUCUGAGAUCCAUGGACUCGCCAGUGACUGGAUCCCCACCUGAAGCAGCUAGCUCUUCCCAGGAUGCUGUGGGGCAGGGAGGCGGGGGACCGAGGAGUCAGGAUGCCCUCUGGGGGUGGGGUGAGAUCGGAAGCAGUGAUGAUUGUACAGACUGAAGUCUCUGUCGGGGUCCUGGGUACUGAAUUCCAGGCCCCCACUCCAGUGCCAGGAGGGAGCUGGAUUCCUGGGAUGUGGCUUUGUGGGUCCAUAGCUGUGUACCCUGGGUCCCUGAGGAACUCUUAACACUAACCCCCCUCCUUGCGGGAUGGGGGCACCUCCCUCACCCAUGAUGGGCUAAGGAGACUGGGGGGAGGGUGUGUUUGUGGGGUGUGGCCCCUCUGUGCUGUGUGUAGCAGGCUGACCUGUGGGUCGAUGAGUCUGUUCUGUCCCUGUCUGUCUGGCCGUCUGUGAUUCACUUUGGUUUUCUCAUAUGUGUAAUGACUGAUGCUGAGCUGGAACCUGCAGCCCACCCUCCCAUCCCUUCUGGAGGAUGGGGCAACCCCAAAUCUCCCCUCAGACUACCCUCACCCCUCCUCCCUGGGCCAGUCCCCCUGGACCCCAAUUUAUGGCCAAACGGCUAAUAUGAUCCUUGGAGGUACAAACAGGGCAGUCAUGGGCAGGAUGUGAUUUUACCUUGUACCUGGCCCUGGGGUAGCCGCCGCUGAGAUCCUGUGUCCAGGUCUGGGGCCCGCGCUCCCAGACAGAUGGGGAUAUGUUAGAGAGGGGCUGGAGGAGAGCCCAGACAAUGCUGAAAGGUACAAGGUACAGGCCUUGUAGCAAUAGACUCAAGUUGCUCACGUGGAGAUGGCAAAGGAGUGACUGGAUCCCCGCCUUGGAACAGAGCUGUGAUUCAAGGGCCCUUUGGCCCAGCAGCCAGAGAGCCAGAGUCUGGAGACCAGAGGCAGGUUUUGACCAGGGAGGGGAAUGGGAACACUGCCCAAGGGGGCCACGUUCUGACCAGGAUGGGGCGGCUGAGAGAGCUGCUCCAAGCCUAACAGGGUUAGUGCCAGGCAGGUCACUGGGCUGUGUUCUGCCGGGGGCAGAUGAGAUCUGGCCUUGGGAUCUAUGAAUAUCCCCUGCUGGGGGCAGGGCCAGUGUCCGCUUCACCCUAUAGUAGGGGUGGGGUCCCCUGCCCCUAAGUGCUAAUCCCUCCCAGUCCCUCUCUGGGACAGCACCCCCCCCUUCCAUCCCGACUGCCCUCAGGACACCAUCCUCUGUGCCCUUUUCUCCAUCUCUCCCCUCCCUGGACAACACCCCUCCAGGGAUGACUCCCCCAGUUUGGUGCUCCCCCUUCCUCCCUGGUACAAAAUCCUCCCCCCACUCCCUAAGCACAGAGCUAACCUGAAUGUAGGUACGACGCCCCCUUCCCUGCCAAGGGCUGGGGAUGAAUGACCCCUGGUUCCAUGGGGGGCAUUCCAGUGAGAAGGGCAGGCCCCAUGGUAGGAGCACCUGAUGUUUGUUGUGUGAUGUAGUAAUCCCCCCAUUACAAACUGAACAGGGGCAUGGGGAUCCCUGCAGUGCACCCCCCACCCCAAUGCUGGGCUAGUGGGGAAAUCACUGGAUUGGGCCUUAGGACUCUCGGGUCCUGUCCCCAGCUCUGGGAGGGGAGUGGUGGCUAGUGGGUUAGAGCAGGGGGGGGGCUGUGAGCCAGGACUCCUGGGUCCUGUCCCUGGUUCUGGGAAGGGGUGGGGGCUAGUGGGUUAGAGCAGGGGGAGGGGCUGGGAGCCAGGAUUCCCGGGUUCUCUCCUGUUGUUGUUUUGGGAGUGAGUCCUUCCCUAUUCCACCUCUAUGCCUGUUUUCCCCACUGCAGCCUGGGGGUGGGGGGGAGGAUCACCCGGCUCAUUGUGGAGCUGGGUGUGGCCCUUCUGCCUCUGCUCAGAGUGGGGCUCCCCACUCCCUCUUCCCCCUCAGUUCCCGUCUGGUUCAGUUCUUUUGUAACUUGAUUCUUUCUUGUUUUUUUUAAUGUCUAUAAAUAUUUAUUGGUCUGUUUGA